AUGCAAAAGAUUCAGGAACGACGCUGUUGUUUAACAAAGAUAUUAAGAGCACGUAUAAUUUUCGUUUCGAUGCUUACUCUCACGGAAACUUCUUCAACUCUCAAUACAAGCUAUGUUAGUCAUCGUAAAAGCUCUACCACUGCUUCAAUUGAUGAAUCAUAUAUAUCUCCUAUGGUACCAAUUAACAAUUAUACCCUUCAAACUUCUGCGCCUCGUGUAUCCGACAACUCAUCAAGACGGCGAUCUACUGCAUCUCAACAAGAAUCAUCUAAAAAAUCAUUGGAUCAACCGCAUCCCUCACUGAAUAAUUCAUCAACAAAUCCUAUUUCUUUAAAAAAAUCAUCUGGAUGUCUUCGUAAACUACAUGCUGAUGAUAAUGGGAAACAUUCCCCUUCUGAAAUGGCAUCUUCUUCACCUCUACACGAUAAUAAUGAUAUACCUUCUUCAGUUUCUCAGCAUAUUCCCUCAAAAAGAUUAUUUGAUGAUUCACAAAAAGUUGUUCUUUGUGUUUCCGAAAGAGUUUCUUCUCCUGAGGAUUCCACUGAAUCCGAUUUGAAAAAAAUGAUUGAUUCAUCUCUACCAAUCACUGAUAAUUUUAAUUCUGUAACUCCUAAAGUGUCUGUUAAAGACAUUUAUAAUACCCCAGAAAAUAGUGAUGGGGAUACAUCCGCUAACGUUUCGGAUUGGGAUAAUAAUACAUCAGUUCAAUUGAAACCAUUUGAUAAUCAAGUGGGCGGCCACACCUCUUUUUUUCGAUUUUCUCAAAAAGCCGUUUGCAAACCUUCAGUACCGAGGGAACAAUAUUUUUAUGAACUCCUUGAAAAAUCUCAUCCUGAACUUUUACCAUUCAUUCCCAAAUAUUUGGGUACUGUUAAUGUGAUUAAUCGUGCUCAUGAUGGUGACGUAAAAUCAAUGCCGGAAGUUGUUUUUGAACAAAAUAAACAUCUUUUGCCUAAAUGGAUGCUCAAUAGAGUUAAUUCAUUUGAUAGUCAUUAUUAUGAUGACAACAACCAAUUAUUUGAUAAAGAGAACAAUAAAAUAUCUUCGGUAUCUAGUGCUCCAAAUUUAUGUUCUCCAAAAGUGAAUCAAGAUCUAAAAAAUGAAGUUUUACAAGAAGUAUUUUCACCUAGUGUCGUUCGUGCUCGGGUGCGACAAAUUCAAGCUUUACAAAAAGAACCCAUUAGAAGAAGGCAUUCGAUAACUAAUGUUGCUACUUUACGAAGAAAGUCUGAAUGUAAAACUCCUGAAAUGUCCGAAAAUAUGGAUUCUCCUUGUGAAAAAAGACAAAAGUUGCCAAUUACUGGUUCACCUGACCUAUUAUCAUCUAAAUCUGGUAAUGAUCAUGGUGAUACUACUUUGACAUGCUUAACUGAUUGUCGUCAAAUCCGUCGUUCUAGUAAUGAUCAUUUUUCUAGUAUGACACUUGUGAAAAAGGAAAAACCAAAUUCUUAUCCAAAUUUAACUGAAUCUACUUCACAUACCGGGUAUUCUCACGAACAAGCAACUUCUGAUAUGCAUUCGGCUUUUAACAUGGGAGAAUAUUCAUCAUCAUCAAAACCUACUUUACGAUUACAAUAUCCUACAGAAGAAAAUUCUGAUGAGGAAUUAGUCACUCCUCCGCAUUCACCUACUUUGAUUAAUAAUCCUUGGUCUUUACAUUGUUAUUCGUUACAAAAAUCUGACGAAGCACUUAAUAAUUUGCAACAAUUUAUUAUUUUACAAGAUCUAACUGGUGGAUUGAAAUAUCCUUGUGUUUUAGAUCUAAAGAUGGGUACAAGGCAAUAUGGGAUCGAUGCGAAACCAAAGAAACGUGAAAAUCAAAUGAAGAAGUGCGCAAAAACCACGAGUAAAACUUUGGGUGAUAAAUAUUAUGGUCGUUCUCUAAAUAAUGAAACAUUCUUUAGUUCAUUAGUUGACUUUAUUAAUAACGGCAAACAUGUUUUAGUACACCAUAUUCCUGUUAUCCUUCGUAAACUUCGCCGUCUUGCAAAAAUAAUCCGUAAACUUUCGAAUUACCGAUUUUAUGGAAGUAGUUUAUUACUUAUUUAUGAUGGUGAUGAGAACAAUCCACGAGAUAUAGAUGUUAAGAUAAUUGAUUUCGCUCAUUGCACUACGGGCAAAGAUUAUUUACCUGAGGAAUUUUUGAAUCCACCACAUGAAGGUUGCGAUAAGGGAUAUUUAUUAGGACUUAAGAAUUUGUGUCAAUCAUUCGAAAGAAUCUAUAAAGAGACUUAUGGUAUUAAACCUGAAGAUGUUGGUGAGGAAGAAGAAGGUGUUUUUUCAGAAAUAGGAGAAGAGCAUGAUGAUAACUCCUCUGGAUAA